AUGAGUACUGCGUUCCACCCAGCAACGGAUGGACAGACAGAAAGGACCAAUCAAACCAUGGAAGAUAUGUUAAGGGCGUGUGCCUUGGAUUUUCAAGGUACUUGGGAGGAUCAUUUGGAUUUGAUUGAGUUUUCUUACAAUAAUAGCUACCAUGCUAGCAUUGGCAUGGCACCUUUUGAAGCAUUAUAUGGUCGAAAGUGUAGAAGUCUUGUAUGUUGGAAUGACUAUAGUGAAAAUCUUAUUUUGGGAACAGAGUUUAUUGAGGAAAUGGCAAGGUUGCUUACAAAUUGGCAUUACCGCCCUAUGGAAUUUGAGAAAAUGCAUGAUGUGUUUCAUAUCUCUCAAUUGAAAAAGUAUGUUCUUAAUUCAAAGCACAUGCUACAACCUGAAUCAAUUCAAUUGGAUGAGACUUUGACCAAUGAGGAAAGACCUAUGAAAGUUUUGGAUCAUAAGGUGCGUAGUACACGCAAUAAGGAUGUUAAAAUUGUUAAAGUUCUUUGGUCAAACCAAGAGUAUGAGGAGGCUACUUGGGAGGUCGAGGAUGAUAUGAGCACGCAAGAGAUACCCUGA